UUAAGUCUGGCCGUCAAUUUGUGUUGACCAUGAUGUGCGCUGCAACCCGCUAUCCUGAAGCCAUGCCCUUGCACAGCUUAAAAAUGAUAUUUUUCACUGAAAGAAAUUGUGGAGAACACAGCAUCUUCAAAACGACUACAUGACAUCAGAGUGAUUGUCUGUGAUAACUGUUGUGUCCGGGUGGAGGCACGCAUUAAAACAAGUAAGAGGCGUUGGAGGUGCCAAUAACGUAAACUGGAAUUUAUGAACUAGUAAUUACAUGUAGCCCAGGCUCAUCAGGAGCGCAGAGUGGAGUGAAGGCAGAGUCCAUCAAGAGAGAAGAGUGAAGAGAGUGAACGUGGGGAGCGCAGCCCCUUUAUAGUUCCCCCAUGACCUGAAGGAUCAUGGGAGCUGUAGUGGCAAUAUCCAUACACAACAAUAACAUUAAUGUAAAAACGUAUUCUAUACAUUGGGCGCAAAAGUUAUUACGUUAUUGGAACUCUGUUUUGUUUUACAUUAUCAGCUUUUAUUACAUUAGGAACGGAAACAUUCUCUCUCUCUCUCUCUCUCUCUCAUACACACACACUCUCAUUCUCUCUCUCUUUCUUUAGAUGCCCAGAUUUCAUGAUGGCCCAUAUGUUGGGAAACAUAAAAUAUGAUAUGCUUCUCUGAAUUGAAUUUGUUAACAAAGAAAAAACGAAAAAAAAACUUUCACACACACCUAGUCUUUUUUAUCUUAGGCAGAUAGCCUAGGACUGGAUGUAGGUUAUGUGUCAGCGCCACGGGACACAAGAGUAUUUGUUCAUGAACUACGCGCUUCUAACUUUCGUUUUCCAAACGUCAUACGGUACUACUUCCGUGUUUGACAGUGGAGUACAGAACACGGGCGGGAAAUUUGUGUUUUUGGAAAAUAUCACACAAAACUUCACGUUCAGAAAACUUGACGUCCUCGGUCGUGGGGGUAGAGUUGACUUUGUAGCUAGUGAAUGGGUCUACGGGUCCCAAUGGAGCUGUCAUUAGAUUUCCUGACGCAUGAGGAGUUACUUCGCUUCUUUCACCGUAAGAAGACGGAGAUCUCGUGCAUAGACCAACCGCACACCUUCCUCAGGCAGUUAAGAGACCACGACCUAGUGUCGGAGAAGCUCUACCAGAGAGUGGUUAGGAUGAAGACGAAGGAGCAGAAGAUGAAGGGUGUGUAUGAGGUGCUGGACAGUCUGGAGACAGAUCAAGCAGAGCGUGUGAAGACCUUCUGGGAGUGUGUGUUUACAGACCACAUCCUGCAGCAUUACCCCACCCUCAAACUACUGAGGAACAGCCUCAUGGACGGGUCUUUUCGAGUCAAUGAAAGUCAACCAGAGAUGAACAGACUGGACAAGAGGAAGAAUACGGAGGGAAAGAAUAAAGACAUAAAAGAAAAGAAGGUGAAGAAGAUGAGUAGACAGAAAAGGAAAGGGAGCAGCACUAGCGGAAGGGAGGAAGAGGAGGAGGAGGAAGAUCAAGCAGGGACUUCUAAAGUCACAACCAGUCAGAAGAAGAAGAAGAAGAAGCUUCAGAAACCCAACUACUGCUCUCCUCUGAGGAAGGGGGGCAGGGAGGAUAUCUGGAACUGGCCCAUGCAUAGGUCCCAGCUACCCGUCACCUGUGGGGACAAAGAGGGCUUUCUUCACAGAGACAAACUGGCCAAAGGAGAUAAAUGCAUUCUUCACGAGGAUCAGUGGUACACGCCAGGUGAGUUUGAGAAGUUGGGAGGCAAGGAGAGGAACAAGAACUGGAAGUACAGCAUCCGCUGCCGACAAACAACCCUGCAGAAGCUGAUUCAGGAGAAUCACUUAAAGUCUCCACCAGCUAAAAGGAGAACAACUGAAAAAGGACAGAUGAGAAGAGCCCUUUUUCCCUCCAGUCCUGAGAACUCCAUCAUACUGUCAGACUCCAGUGAAGAAGAGUCCCACAGCAGGAUCCAGGAGGAGGACAGGGAGGGAGACGAGGAGGAAGAGGAGGGAGACAGAGGAGAAGAGGAGGGAAGGAUGGCAGAGGACAGAGAUGACAGCAGUUACCAUGGCAACAGGGAUGUGGACACAUCGAUGUUUGAAGGAAGUACUCUGCCUGUCCAGUGUGGGUCUGUCGUUGGAAUACUGCAGAAAGACCGCUUUGCGUCUAGAACCACAGGAAAGUGCAUCCGCACAGAAGAGAGCUGGCUGACCCCAACAGAGUUCAUCAGGCUGAACCCUGACCUGAGAGAUGGAUUGUGGAAGAGAGACAUCACCUGCAGAGGCCAGCCCCUUGCCUACCUUUUACAGAGGAAGAUACUGCAGGUGCAUUCUCUGCUAUGCUUGUGUCCUAUGUGCAGCCACGCAGAGUCCGACCUGGACUGAAAGAGAACCACACCGUGGAGGAAGAACACACACUUUCACAGCCGAACAGGAGACUGAAAUUGUAAAUAUGGAAUGCCAUGCGGAUGAAACAGGUGUACAGGGUCCCAUUUGAACGGAACACAGACCGCAUCAAGGAGUUACGGCGAGAGUUUGUGUUUCGGAUCCAGGAGCGUGACACAGCUAAUGAGUUGUAUGAGAUUCAUUGAUGAGGUUGGAUUCAACCUGGUGAAGAGGAGGCGACGGGGCAGAAACGUCAUUGGCCAGCGGGCCAUUGUUGAGGUCCCCGGCCAGCGUGGUGGGAACAUCGCAAUGUGUGCUGCAAUGAACCACCAUGGGAUCCUGCACAGUCAUGCCCACCUAGGGGCCUAUAACACAGACCCGUCUCCUCGCCUUCCUGGAUGGCCUGCGUGACCUGCUGGUACCACCUGGCCAGAUAGAUGACCCACAGCGGAUCGAUCACGUCGUCAUCUGGGACAAUGUGAGCUUCCACCGGGCUGCUCAAGUG